AUAAAAACCUAGGUUCCCAGGCCCUGACAAACUAUACCUAGUGCAGCAUCACUGUCUGCUCACUCCUCUCUCCUCCUCCAACCAGACGCACACAACCAACACUCCGUCGUGACUUUGACUCCAAAAGCAGUUGAUCUACAGAGUGACCGUCCGGCUCAUGCACCAUGUCUUUUGCGUUCAUAGUCAUCACGAUGCUUCUGGGCUCUUCAGUGGUGAUUGCAUUUGUUUUGCAGCCAUCCAAGGAAGAACCUGCAUCCUCUGUUAACUCGCCUGUUUCCCAUCACAGGGGCCAGAGUGGGUCAUUGCAGUCCAUCAGGAAGGGUCUUCUCGAGACUCUCAACUUGCAGGCUGAGCCACAGUUGCCUGCUGGUGGGCUGGAUGGUGUCAGAGAGCAAUGGAGGAACACCUUCAGCACGGUUGCUCACAGAGCCAAGGAUACUGUAGUUCCAGCCUCCUCUGGCCAGUCUGUGUCACCUGAUGUUGCAAACUGUACAAGCCUGAAGUGCUGUUCCAUGGCCUCUGAGGUCUUCAUGAAAGACUUGGGAUGGGACAACUGGGUGAUCCAUCCUGCCAGCCUUACCAUCGUUAAGUGUGCACUGUGCAACCAUGAAGUUAACACUGAGCAAUGUCCAUCAUCCCACACCAAUGUCCAGGAUGCCAACUCACAGGUGCCGUGUUGUCAGCCCACUUCCCAGGAAAUGGUGCCUGUCGUCUACAUGGAUGAAUUUCGCACCCUCGUCAUUUCAUCCGUGCAGCUGACCCGCAGCUGUGGCUGUGGCCCGGGUAACCUCCAGCAGCCCAGCAGAGAGUAAAGUUUGUUUUAUUGUCCUCAGUAUGAGCCAUCUGGCCCACACAAAAACGCAUAAAAUACAGAAAAGGUAGAUAAUACAUUAUAUGCUGACAUAUCUUCUCUCACUACACUUAUCUUAGAUCCUUUUAGUGUGUAUUCAACACUGAGCGUGGUAACUAAAGCAAAGUCUCUCUCAGUUUUGCAUUCCUGUCUCUCCAUUCUAACCAGAAUGUGCCAUUACAGACCUGUUGAGCCAGCCAAAUAUAAAACUGAUCAAUUAAUAUUUUAGUGGUAAAAUUGAUGAUGAUCUUAAUCACACAUUAUUGAUCUAAAAUUACAAUCUGCAUUUGUGUGCUAUUGUGUUUAAUUACCAGUUAACCAAUAAACUUACUUUAUAUAGAAUAGGCAGGACAAUAAAAGCGUGUAAUAAAAGCUAACAGUUUAUCUUUAAAUGCAUCUCAUUACAGCGUGCUAUUUAAAGCUACCAACUGUUACUGAGUGUUCUCUCCAAAAAUGUGAGACUGUGCAGAGCCAAAUCCUUGCACAGGCCAGAUGUCUCUUCUCUGAUCUGUGAAAUGACUUAUCUUAUGGCCAUGAAGUCAAUUUAUUCAAAUCAAAAUAUGUGUCAUUGUUUUUUUUUUAUGUCAUGAAAAAUCUACAACUAAUUAUAAAUUAAGUAUAUGCUUGCCAUGUUGAAAGUCAAACAGUUUUUGCAGGGAGAGUAAUAGGAGAAGACUGGGUUCACCAAAUAAAUCCCUGCACCUAAAACUGAACGUAUCAAUUUCUCCUGAGUACGAACAUCUGCUGUGCUUUUCUACAAAUAUCCAUUGGCUGUGCUCCAUUUUCAUGUUUCAACUGCUGGAAAAGAUACAAAAAUAAAUUCGAUAAUGCUGCCCUGCAAACCCCCAAAAAACUGUAAUUGUAAAAUAAAUCAUAAUUACAAGGUGUGAAACAUAUUUAUAGAAAAAUAAUAGUACUUUCUCUUGACAUAUAUAUAUAUAUAUAUAUAUAUAUAUAUAUAUACUUUGUUAUAUCACAUUAAAAGUGCUUUGCUAUGAUGUGUUACUUUGACCAGUAAAGUAAUGUAAUUAAAGAUCAAGGCGUGCCGACAACAUAAUCAAAAUGAAGAUGUGUGUCUAAAUUGUGAUUAGAAGAAAACAGUCAGUUGAUUUAUUGUAUUAUUUUUGCCUACAGCUGAUUUUAACUUUUAGAGCAUUUCAGUGUCUGUUAUAUUCUUUUUUUCUGUUAAGUUGUGAAUGAAUCCAUAACAUUUUGUAUGAUGUGUAUUUUUUUAUGAAGCAGAGUUCUUGUUUUUUUCCCAUAUGGGUCUUUGAACAUUUAGUUAGUUAGUGCCAUUUUGUUACAUGCUCACACUGGCUUUACAAAGUUACCUCACCAUUCACUUUUGCAAGUAUUUUUCACAAGUGGACUACAACUUAUCAGUGAUAUAGCACCUCAACUCAAUCAAUUCCUUUUAGAUCCAAUGUAAAAUGUUUUAAUUACUUAUGACCCUGCUAUGGCAUCCUAAUCAUUUGUACCGAUUUCCUGAUUUCUUGCUUACAAUUCUUUUAAUAAAGAUGAUUGAAAUAGA